CUCUCGGAAGCUCCACUGCAGCAAGAAAAAAAGCUGCUCCCGCUGCCGGGGGAAGAGUUCCCCAGGCCGCCGCCGCGGUUGGCCAAAGCCGAACUGUAGGGGAGGAGCCUGGGCUUUAAUGCACCAUCAGGUUCCAGCAAAGCCGCCGCCGCCGCCACAGCACAAGCCCGAGCAGCUUUCUGCAGCAGCAGCAGCGACGACUCGCGCUCCGCCAGCCUGGGCUGUUCGGCGGCGCUUUGCAGCAGAGCCCAGCCCGCGGCACCCCGCGCCCCACCUCCCGCCUGCCUGCCUGCCGCAGCGGCGCCAGUCCUCCUGCCUCCCCGGAGAGAGAGAGAGGAAGACCCCCGCCUCUCCACCCUCACCGCCUCGGGCCGUGGCUUCACGGAACACCCGCCCCCCUCGGCACUGAAAUAAUUAAAGAAAAAUAGAAGAAGAAGAAGAACCGAGCGAGGAAGAAGAGCCUUGACGCCGGAGCAGUGCGAUCUUUGCGGGAGCGGACACCAUUUUGUGGCUAGCGGCUGCCUGACUUGCUGCAUGCGGAGGAGAGGUGGGCAGCCAAAAGGGGAACCUGUUGGGCGCCGCGAUCGGGAAGUCGCCCAGCUGCGGCACUUCUUCGCCCUGGAAUUGGGGGUUGCAGCAGCGUCCCUGGGAAUCGGAUCGUGCGCGGCAGCGGCAGCCUUGGGAAGAGGAGGAGGGAAUUCGGAGGUUGUGCAGCAGCAGCAGCAGCAACCGCAGCGUCGGCAACAGCAGCAGGCAGCGAAGGGAAAUUGGACCUUGCGCAUCCCCAUUCCUGGGUGGAGGCGAAGGAGAUUUGCACCUUUGCGUCAACGGCACGAAGAGAAAGGCAUUUGGACCUUUGCAACAGCAGCAUCCCUGGCAGGAGGAGGAGGAGGUGAAAGCUUGCUUGCAUAUAUAUAGAUUACAUACACACACACACACACACGUACAUAUUUUUCCCCCUUGCAGGGCAGGAGCAUGUUGGUCUCGAUGCAGCUCCCCUUCCCUCCUGUCCACUGAUCCCAGGCUUGGUGGGGCGAUGAUGGAUACUUGCCUGCUUGUUCUCACUUCCCACAAAAGUAAGCCCGCUGUCAAUGGAGGAGGACAUUGAUACCCGCAAGAUAAACAACAGUUUCCUGCGCGAUCACAGCUAUGCAACAGAAGCUGACAUUAUCUCUACAGUAGAAUUCAACCACACAGGAGAAUUACUAGCGACAGGGGACAAGGGGGGUCGCGUUGUAAUAUUUCAGCGUGAGCAGGAGAGCAAAAAUCAGCCCCAUCGCAGGGGAGAAUAUAAUGUUUACAGCACAUUCCAGAGCCAUGAACCUGAGUUCGAUUACCUGAAGAGCUUAGAGAUAGAGGAGAAGAUCAAUAAAAUACGAUGGCUCCCGCAGCAAAAUGCAGCCUACUUCCUUCUCUCCACCAAUGAUAAAACUGUGAAGCUAUGGAAAGUGAGUGAACGCGACAAAAGACCAGAGGGCUACAAUCUCAAAGAUGAAGAUGGACGGCUCCGAGACCCCUCCACAAUUACCACACUACGGGUACCCGUGCUAAGGCCCAUGGAUUUAAUGGUGGAGGCAACUCCCAGGAGAGUAUUCGCAAAUGCACACACAUAUCACAUCAACUCCAUAUCUGUGAACAGUGACUAUGAAACUUACAUGUCAGCGGAUGACUUGAGGAUAAACUUGUGGAACUUUGAAAUAACCAAUCAAAGUUUUAAUAUUGUAGAUAUAAAACCAGCAAACAUGGAGGAGCUGACAGAAGUGAUUACGGCUGCAGAGUUCCAUCCGCACCACUGCAACACCUUUGUCUACAGCAGCAGCAAGGGGACAAUAAGACUGUGCGACAUGCGAGCGUCCGCCCUGUGUGACAGGCACUCCAAAUUUUUUGAAGAGCCCGAAGACCCAAGUAACAGGUCGUUUUUUUCUGAGAUCAUCUCUUCAAUUUCUGAUGUUAAGUUCAGUCACAGCGGGAGGUACAUCAUGACCAGGGACUAUCUCACUGUCAAGGUGUGGGACCUCAACAUGGAGAACAGACCUAUUGAAACAUACCAGGUUCAUGAUUACCUCCGCAGCAAGCUGUGCUCCCUCUACGAGAACGAUUGCAUUUUUGAUAAAUUUGAAUGUGUGUGGAAUGGGUCUGACAGUGUCAUCAUGACCGGCUCCUACAACAAUUUCUUCAGAAUGUUUGAUCGCAACACCAAGCGUGAUGUGACCCUGGAGGCCUCAAGGGAAAACAGCAAACCCCGUGCCAUCCUGAAACCCCGCAAAGUUUGUGUGGGGGGCAAACGGAGAAAAGAUGAAAUUAGUGUGGACAGUCUGGACUUUAGCAAGAAGAUCCUGCAUACAGCUUGGCAUCCUUCAGAAAAUAUCAUAGCAGUGGCAGCAACAAAUAACCUGUAUAUAUUUCAGGACAAGGUUAACUAGGAAGGGGUGGGAGAGAUGUUCCUUAGGAAUCUUACGUACUGGGUACUAACUAGCAAACACAAGUUUUAAAAUGUUUCUUCCAUUUAAUUUUUUCCCUUCUCCUCCUUAUUUGUUUUGUUAUUCCUCUGCAAAACAUUAGUUAUGUAGAGGCAAGCACUCAGAUUCCAGUGUCUAUUGCUUUUCCCCAAACCUUAAGAAAUUGGGUUGGCAAAGCCCAUUAGCAACAUUUGACUUCCAAGUAUUGAGACCUACAAAGUGACACCAUUAAUUCAACAGCAAGCUUGAAUUAUUUGCGCUUUAUUUUUCCCCAGUACUCAGUAGUAGCUUUUAGUUUCUUUAAAAAUAUUGUUCUAGACACCUGCCAAUUUAUACAGAAGUUAAGACUAUAGUAAUAUAUUUACAAAAAAAAAAAUGCAAGCAAGGCCAUAAAAUACAAUGAUGUAUUACUGUAUCUAAAGAUUAAGUUAUCCAAUUUCAGUUUUGGAGAUCUUUGGGUUUUACAGCCAUCCCCACCCCCAAACAGGAAUUCAGUUUCCUUUGCUGGUUCACCCCCCCCCCCCAAUUGUCCUUUCCCCUUUUUAAAAAUGGCAUUUACCUUUAUCAACUCAGGGCCUUUCCAGAUUAUCAUUUAUUGUGCAUAUUUGUCACACAAUAAAUGUUUUGCUGUAACACUGUUGUUUUGAGAGGUACAAAUGUAUUUUUGCCCAGGCUAGCUAAUGCAUUGCAAAACCACAAGAUUUUGCUUUGGGUGAAAUGCCAUUUCUGCUCCCCCCGCCCCAGCCCUGUUCUUUCCAGCUAGCGGACUUGUUGCAUUUUUACGUGCCAUUUUAUGUUGCACAGGUGUCACAACCUCCUAUUGGCUGGUAUCUGACAUCUGUGGUGACUACCAUGACUAUGCCAUUAACUUAAUGUUUCCUAGGGUACAAUCCAGCAUAAUCUAAAUAUUUUUUUAAGCACCAUUGAUCUCAAUGAGACAGAUACAAGCACAUGUUUUGACUGCAGAAGUGCUUGUGUGCUUAUGUUUGGCUGGAUCUGAGUGUUUGAGAUGCUGAAUCUCCCCCCUCUAUACCAUUCAAGCCAGUGACCUCAUACAAAAUUGUAUUUGUUCUUUGUCAAUGGCAAAGAGCGGUAAGUCCUAAGCUCUUGCUACCAACGCAUUACACAUGACAGCAGUGUCUCAGCCCACAGCCUUUGUGACAUUCCAUUAUUCUGCCCCCACCGCCUUUAAAUUUAGUUUCAAUCAGUCCAUAGUUCUCAUUCCGUGCUAGAACACAAAUCCACCCUCUUAAUUUUUCCCCCAGCUGAAAAAUAUGUGAAUUGCCCAGGCCCAGCCCACAGAAGCGUCGCUGUCCCACUUGCAAUAAGUCCACUUUGUCCUUCCAUCAUUGCAUGCGGGCAUGAUGCUAGUGCUACUUUAAGGAUCACUAAGCCCUGUUUUUGUUUUCUGGAAAGGCCUUCAGACAGAAGAAAAGCAAAGCCAAGACAG